AUUGUAUCCUUCUUCUUCAUGUAGAAAGCUCCUCCUCACAUUUCUUGGCUAAUACUCCUCAACGCUGCCGACACGAGAGAGAACAAUGGCAAUCAAGAACCUUCUUUUCCUUGUGGUUCUUCUUAGCGUUCUUGGAGUUUCAGUUGCCCAUCCAAAGGGUCUUUACAUCAACUACUACAAACGCAGGUGUCCGGACGCAGAAGCCAUUGUCCGACGUGUCACAGUUCAAUAUGUUUCUCACGAGCCAAGUCUUGCCGCUGCACUUCUAAGGAUGCACUUUCAUGAUUGUUUCGUCAGAGGAUGUGAUGGUUCCAUUCUUCUGAAAUAUCCAUAUAAUGAGACGGAAAGAUACGCUGCCCCCAACUUGUCAGUGAGAGGCUACGAAGUGGUGGAUGCUGUCAAGUCAGCGCUCGAGAGGAAGUGUCCUGGUGUUGUUUCUUGCUCUGAUGUUCUCUCUUUAGUCGCUAGAGACGCCGUCAUAGUGAUCAACGGACCCUGGUGGCCGGUUCCAUUGGGCAGAAGGGAUGGACGCAUCUCAAGAAAAUCUGAAGUUAAUUUACCAUCCCCACUCGCUGGAAUAGCAGCACUGAAAAAGAACUUCUUUGACAAGGGUCUUAACACUAAAGACCUUGUUGUUCUCUCAGGAGCUCACACAAUUGGAAUCUCUCAUUGCAGUGUCAUCCACCAAGGUAUAUACAACUUCACCGGCAAAGGCGAUUCUGACUCGUCGUUGAACCCUAGAUAUGCUAGAGCAUUGAAGAGAAGGUGCAACCCAGCUGAUAACAGGACGAUAGUGAUGGACCCACGUAGUGUCAAGAAGUUUGAUUCCCACUACUUCAACAUGGUGGCUCAGAGGAAAGGUUUGUUCAAAUCUGACAGAACACUUCUUGAUGACCCUGAGACCAAAAGUUACAUUUACACACAAGUUGCAACUGAUGGAUCUUCAUUCAACAAAGAUUUCGCUCACUCAAUGGUUAAACUAGGGUUCGUCGGAAUCCUUACCGGGAACAAGGGUGAGAUCAGGAAGAGAUGCGCUUUCGUGAACUAACUAUCCCUUUCGGAUCGAUUAUUGUUUUAAAACGCUUGCUGCUACUUUGUGAUUCAACGUUUUUCCUUCUCAUCUUUAUGCUUGCUCCAGUUCAGCAUGCUCCGUUUGUUAUGUUCUUUUCGACAUUAUUAGUAAUGCAACUGUUUUCUA